AGUACCCCUCCAAGAACACUCUUUGCCAGCAUCAUAGACUAAUUUAAUUGCACUAAUGAAAACUUCCAGAUGUUUGCUCUAUCCAUGUGAAAACUGCUUGAUCAUGCUAUGAAACUGAACGAGGACACCUUUUGUCAAAAUGGCGAAACAAUACGAUGUUCUGAUAAGACUUCUCAUGCUUGGAGACUCUGGUGUUGGCAAAACAUCCAUGUUGUGUAAAUUUACAGAAGAAGGCUUCAACAGUACACACAUUCCAACGAUAGGUAUCGACUUUAAAAUGAAAACGCUCAUGGUGGAUGAUAAAAAGAUCCGCAUUCAAAUUUGGGACACUGCUGGGCAGGAGAGAUAUGACACAAUAACGAAGCAGUAUUUCAGGAGAGCACAGGGUAUCAUGUUAGUCUAUGACAUCACAAGUGAAAUAUCAUUCAGGCAUAUUAGCAAAUGGCUGGAUAUGAUAGAUGAGGGUGCUGGUAGUGUUGCAAGAAUCCUAGUGGCUAAUAAGUCGGAUGCAUCGGCACUCCGGAUCAUAUCUAAGGAAGAGGGUCAGACGUUUGCGAGGGAGAAGAACCUAGCGUUUGUAGAGGGCAGUGCUUUCAGCGGAGACAAUCUCGAUGAGGCAUUUGAAGGUCUCGUCAAGAUUGUCAUGGACAGGAACAAGAAGGACAUAGAUGAGCAACUACAGAGCAUCAAGCUAUAUGGUUCCAGAGAGAACAGUACUAUAGAUGCUGAGGUCAAACCAGGUGGCUGCUGCAGUUGAUGUCUGUAUAGUGUCUAUCCACGCCUCGUUCACUCACAACGUCGUAAACUGCCUUAAAGGUACUAUGUCCCAUUUGCA